AUGCCCAUUUUAACAACCGUUCCCGCUAAAAUCAAACCACCUCCAAAACUUUCAUACACAAUAACCAAUGCAUUCACACAAACCCCACAAACUGUUCGACAAAAUGCCUCACCUAACCAUCCAACUACACUCCCACCAUACAAGCUGCCACCAACCUCAGCUUACAUCCACCUCCCAUUCUGUCGAAAACGCUGUCACUACUGCGACUUCCCAAUAGUCGCUCUUGGCUCCUCUUCAGCCAAAAUCGAAGACGACCCACGAAUUCUUAGCUACAUCCAGCUCCUCCUUAGAGAAAUCAAAGCAACCAAACAAGAAUUAAAUGCUAACCCACCUCUUGAAACAGUCUUUUUUGGAGGUGGCACACCUUCACUUGUGCCACCAAGACUUGUUUCCGUGGUUCUUGACACUUUACGUGAGAAAUUUAGGUUGUGUGCAAAUGCUGAGAUAUCUAUGGAAAUGGACCCUGGGACAUUUGAUGGGGUAAAAAUGGAGGAGUUAAUGGAGUUGGGGGUGAAUAGAGUGUCUUUGGGAGUUCAGGCAUUUCAACCGGAGUUAUUGAAGGCUUGUGGUAGAGCACAUGGUGUCAAGGAGGUUCACGAGGCAAUUGAGAUUGUUGGGUCUUGUGGGGUUGAGAAUUGGAGUAUGGACCUCAUAUCUUCUCUCCCUCACCAAACACCAGAAAUGUGGGAAAGCAGUCUGAGGCUCACUAUCGAAGCACAGCCUACCCACGUAUCAGUGUAUGAUCUGCAAGUUGAACAAGGCACCAAAUUUGGCAUACUGUACACACCAGGGGAGUUCCCUCUGCCUUCUGAGAUACAAUCUGCGGAAUUCUAUAGAAUGGCCUCGAGAAUGCUUACUGAUGCUGGUUACAACCAUUAUGAAAUUAGUAGUUACUGCAAAAGUGGUUUUGAGUGCCAGCACAAUCUGACCUACUGGAAGAACAAAGGUUUUUAUGGUUUUGGCCUUGGUUCUGCCAGUUAUGUAAGUGGGGUAAGGUUUUCGAGGCCAAGGAAGCUGAAAGAGUACACAAAUUACGUGCAGAGUCUGGAAAAUGGCGUGGUAGAUUGUAGUGAGGAAAAUCAAAUUGAUGCAAAGGACAUGGCAAUGGACGUCGUGAUGCUUUCUCUAAGAACUGGAAGAGGAUUAGACUUACACUCCUUCCGAGAAAGUUUCGGCGGUUCACUUGUUCUCUCUCUUUGUAAGGUUUAUAAACCUUAUGUGGAAAGUGGGCAUGUGGUAUGCUUGGAUGGUCAGGGGAGAAACAUUUCAGCAGAUGAAUCGACCUUCUUGCUGUCGGAUGAGGACAAAAUUGAGGAUCUGGCGUUUAUACGGCUCAGUGAUCCAGAUGGUUUCCUUCUGUCCAACGAGUUAAUAUCCCUUGCAUUUGGAAUCAUAGCUCCGUAAACUGCAAUAUUGACUUGAAACUUGGAUCACUCUGGCAAUAAGAAUAAGACUUGGAGCAUCUAUACAAAUAGUAGUAAACAGUAGAGAUCAGAGUCUGAAGGAACAGUCGUUCCUAUUGGGUUAUGGCACCCAGGUAUCUGAAGCAACAGGCAGGCACUUUUACGGCACCCAUCUUGAGGAUGAACACCUAUUAUGUGGCAUCUCCAAUCCAGAACACAAGUAUUCGGUGUCAGGACAACCGAUAGAGCAAGAUGGGGAGCAAAGUUCGUGUUUCUGACCCUAUAUGGUCGAAAUAAGGCUCUCUGCAUUCUCCCAUUAAGUUAGGCAAGUUUGGGGAACUUGGCCAUGGGGUCUCAGUAGGAUAUAGUGACCGUAACAGCAAGCAGAAGGACGAUUUUAAACUGACAUCAGAUACUACAAAGAUACCAGUCAGAAUCGAAGUUCUGUUCUUGACCGCAGUAGCACAAUGCCUUUAGUGUGAUCUUUGUGAGAUGGUAUGUCGAUG